AAAAUCUCAUGUUAUUAUAAACUAAUUUAUUUAAUAAAUAAAUUGUUAUACAUUUUUUAAUUUUAUAUAAUCGCACACACUGAGAACAGUGUCGUUUACGUUAUCUAAAGAAUAGCAGAAAAGCUACAAAAGAAUAUUCUACUUGUCUCAGAGAAGCUAUUCUUUAUUAUAUUCAUGUAAUCCCUAAAAUUACUUUUCUAUAACGUAAAAAGUACAAUAAAAUAGCUUGACCAUUUAUUUGCGUCGUUGAAAAUCUUUUGGACAUUUUCCUAGGGGAAUUACAUUUGCACUUAGAGUGCACAGCAAGUCUUGUUCCUAUUCCUAGGUAUCUUGUUCUGCGUUGAUGCAAACAGAACGUUUUACAAUUGCGUUUCUUGCAAUUGUAUAAAAAUAUAAAGAACGUCAUUUAAUUUUUUAUAUUAAAAAUGGGAGAUCUUCGACGAAAAGUAUUACAAACUUUUAAGAAAUUACAUCGUACUAGAAUGAAUACCUUUAAUGGUGAUGAACGUGCGUUAAAAGUUAUAAGGCACAAAAUAAAUACGGAGUAUAAGAAAUUUAAACAUGUCACAAACAAGGUCGCUAUUGAAGAGUUAAACAAAUUUGCAGAAGAAGUAGAAUAUGAAAUACGAACAACGGUAGUUCAAGCAAUUCAAACAGAACCUGGGAAAUUCAGGGAUACAGCUUUAGUGGAUAAUGUACCCUAUAAGGAUGAGAAAACAGAUCAAGUGACAGACAAUAAACACAGUGAUAAAAGUAGUAACUGUUUAUGCUCAAAUACUUCUACUUCAAAAGACAAGUAUCCGUCAAACAAAAAUGAGAUAAAAAGUCAGCAGUAUUAAUUGGGAUUCAUUUUGAUAAGAGAAGUCAAGAGCUUCUUUCCGUUUUGUAAGAUCUUAUCUUAAAGAUCAAAACAUAUAAACACUUGAAAUUUUAAGAUCCGAUUUCCGGUGUGUACUAUCAAAUAAUUACGAGCAUAUGAUAUACAGACUAGAUACUACUUUAUGAAUGUAGUUAGGAAGCAAAUGAAGAAACCUGGAUUAAAACAAUGAAACUCCAUCCAGGUGGUUGAAGGAUUCUUAUAGACAUAUAGAAAUCUUUCUUAAAAAAUCAUUACUGUUUAUGAUCUUAGUGCAUCUAGACAAAUUAAAUCUAUAUUUUUACUUUGGAAUGAUAAGAAGACUUCAGAGAGCAUCUAAUGUUCAUGAUAUUACAGAAGGAGUCUCUGCUGCAAGGAUAAAGAAACAUUUCUCUAACUGUUCAUAUGAUGUCAUUUAAGAAGUUAAAUAACACAUAACAGGAUAUCAUAUCAGUAUACACGAGGAAGACGUGUCUUCC